AUGAGUGGCUUCGAGGUAGUUGGAGUGGUCCUAGCGGUCUACCCGAUCCUCACCCAAGCCGUUGGUUUCUGCGCUGAAGAGAGCGGACUGGUGAAAGAUUUGUUUCGUUAUCAACACGUCUUGAAACGCAUCGGUCGGGGACUUGCCCGAGAGCAGACCAGCUUCAGCAACUCCUGCCGGCGGUUCAUGGAGGAUAUUGCGAGCCAAUGUGAGGUCGAGGAAGAGGCAAUUGUUGAAAUGAUGCAGGAUCCGACGGAUGAUCGAUGGCGGGAAGGGGCUCUGAUCAAGGAGCAUAUCUUCCAGCAAAAGUCCGUGCGGCAGUAUCUGGAUACAGUUGAGGACAUGAACGAGGAACUAGGAAAGAUCAAAGAUUUAAUCACAAAAUAUGGUGAUAAUGACACUCCCGAUAAAAAGUCUCGCCGCCGACAAUGGAAAAAGCUCAUUCUAGUGCUCAAUAAAGAUGGAAUCACCCAGCACCUUGAAGAGGCUGGCCGGCUGAACAACUUCCUGGCGAGACUUACUGAGCAGAACCAAUCUAUAUUUGCUACACGCCGGAUAUCGCGACGAAACACCAAGCAUUAUACGAGGAUCCGUGCCCACGCGAUCGAUCUAUACGAAACCCUCCAGUCGAAGUUCCCUGCGUCCCCCAGCUGCAACUGCAUGUUGCGCCACGACGUAAACAUGAAACUAGAAUUCCGCAACGCGAGCAUUUCUUCAAAACAUAUCUACUUUCAUACUGUCUUCACCUUCGGCACGGAGUACUGCUCGCCAUGGAACUGGCGCGAGCUCGAGAUGCAGCCUUGGGAGACGAAGAUCGAUCACUGCCAGGAUGAUCACCAUACUCGAGUGAAAUUCAAUAUCGACCCACCCUCAGCCUCACAGACCCCCACUUAUCAGGAUAUAAAUGACCUAUGCGCAAUGAUUAUGGGGCCAAUGUCAUCAUUGGACUGGUUGGGAGCUAUCACAAGUGAUAAAGGCCGACAACAUCGGAUCAGGGCGAUAGAUCACCAACAGCGCCUACCAAGCUUCCAAAGUAUAGAGACAAUAUCCUUGGCCUCUGUUCUGCAGGAUAAAGCAUUUCGUCAGGAGCAAAGAUCACGGUUGGGCUUGAAAUUGGCUUCUUCGGUGAUGCAACUCCAUAGCACAGAAUGGCUGACGGAUUAUUGGGAUAAAUCCGAUAUUUCGUUCCUGCGCUCCUCCGACGCGACUGUGGACUUUGAUAACCCAUUGAUCCGACGCAGUUUCGGACCACAAGGAGUUGACAUCGCCACUUUAUCGAGCAGUCUACCAACUCUAUAUUUGAACUCCAUUCCAUGUUUAUUCUCCCUUGGCGUUGUUCUUAUGGAAUUAUGGUAUCGGAAGGUGUUUGCAGAUUUAAAAAAUGAGACUGAAAAAAGCAUGCCACCGGAAUUUUCUGAUGCCUUGGCAGCUCGACGCUUGGCCAGUGAGAUGGACUGUGGUCCGAACUAUAAGAAUAGUGUGCUGCGGUGUGUCUCUGGGCUAGAUGCAGUGUAUACAUCACUUUCCGAAGACAAGUUCCGAGAUGAGGUUGAGGAAAAGAUUAUAUCUCCGCUAGAAGAUGAUCUGAAGUUUUACUGUAACAAAAGUUCAGUGGAAGAUUGCAUCUAA